AUGGAUUCUGGUGGCUUCAGUUUACGAAAAACCAAGCUCCCAGAAAAUAAAUUGUGCCUAAUAAAUCCACAGUCCAGAUUUGCGUUGAAAUACUCCACAGCCGCAGUAGAAAGAAAGCGAUUUUAUCAACACGUCAGCAUAUCUCAAGGUGAAGGUGGUGUAUUUGAAAUAAACCUAGACAGAAGGAAACUGAAAACUCCUGGAGGGAAACUUUUCACAGUGCCAAAUGAAGCCCUCGCUAUUGCCGUGGCAACCGAGUGGGAUGCUCAAAGGGACACACUCAAGUUUUACACUAUGCAUCUGACCACACUGUGCAACACAGCUCUGGACAAUCCCACCCAACGUAACAAAGACCAGAUGAUCAAUGCUGCUCUGAAGUUCCUGGAGACUGACACUGUCUGUUACAGGGUCGACGAGCCCCAUGCUUUGGUUGAGCUACAGAAGAAUGAGUGGGACCCUGUGCUGCACUGGAUUGAAAACAGAUAUAACGUUACUAUUGGCUCCUCGUCCAGUAUUUUGGGCCCCGAGAUCCCAGAGGCAACCAAAGACACAUUCAGGCAGCACCUGAAUUCUUACAACUUCUGGUCUCUGACAGGGCUUGAGUUUGUGAUCACCCAGCUGAAGUCUGUUGUGCUGUCGUUGGGGAUGAUUGACAGACAUCUGAGUGUGGAACAGGCUGUACUGCUUUCCAGACUGGAGGAGGAAUUCCAGAUCCGGCACUGGGGAAAUGUAGAGUGGGCCCAUGUCUAUGACAUGUAUGAUCUGAGGGCACGGACCGCUGCUGGAACUCUUUUUGUUCACCUCUCAUCUGAGAAUUCCACUGUCAAACACAAACUUCUGCAGGACUGAGAAGAAUAAGGAACUCAAAUCAGCUAGAAUAUAUACAGAGAGCACAAAGUUAAUCUGCCCUCAAACCCCUAACCAUCUUACUUUAUCAGUGCUUCUACAUUACAUUCAUGCAGUCACACACAACAUAUCCUGUUUGCUCUAUUUGGCAGUGACAGCUGCUCUGUCUAUGAUCUGUUAUAGAGUCGUCUCACUCCAACAGUGACUGUUGGUUUGCAGUGUUUGUGUGUCAGCUGCCAAGUGUGACACCCUGCCCAGUCAGUUUCCAGUCAGUUCUCAGACACCUGUGACAUUUUGGACAUUGUGAAUGGUAUCACCAGAAUGGUGACUAGUUUGGUGUUGGAAUGUAAAUUCCAGGAAUUCUUUGUCUGGUAAUGUUUGAAUGCUAGGAAUUGUGUAUGCUAUUUUAACAGCAGAGUGCUCACACUGAUUGUAGUGUUUGAAGGCAUACCACAUGUGAAAAAUUGUCUCUUGCAGUAGUGAAAUGUUUAAAUAAAAUUAUCUCUGUAAUUUUU